AUGUCAUUUGGCUUCUCGAUCGGGGAUAUCAUCCUCUGCUCUGAGAUAGCCUAUCGCCUAUUCUCGUCCGUCACUGAUGGACGCAAGAGAGCCUCUCGAGACUUGAAGGAGCUCGAAGACACCCUCUUCGGCCUUUAUUGCGCCUUGAAUCAUCUCCAACGGGACCAUAAAGCUAUCUUGGCCCAGGCCCCCGCCGAGUCCGGUGACAAUGCGGGGCAAAUGCAUCUGCAGCUUGGAUACAUGAUCAGGGCCUGUCUGGAGACUCUACAAGAGCUCGACAGUGCGACGGCUAAGUACCGUGAAGCCGCCACAGAAUCUUCGCGUCCUUCAUUGGGCAGCCAGCUCAGCCUGACGGGCGCGCCGUCACCCCAGCCGGCCAAGACGUCGUUGAAGAUCCAGUGGAAGAGGGUGAUGUGGGAUCUACGAGGCGACUCGUUCAGCAAGUAUCGGUCGAAACUCCAGUCGCACACCGAUUCUAUCAACCUCCUCCUGAAUACAUUCAUUUGGUCUGCUACCAACCGCAUCGAGAAAGAUGGCACAGAUCAGUCCCAGAAGCUGGAUGAGAUUAUGAACCAAGCAUCUCAAUUUAACAGCAAUGUGCUCCAGCUGGUGCGGACACUUUAUGCCGGUAUGACCAUGUCGCGGCCCCAAUAUGCCCUUGGGCCGCACGGCCCAAUGCCCUCUACUGGCCAAUUCAUGGCUGCGUCUUUGGCACUACCAGACGCAGGCCAACCCAUUGGGACCAGAUCUGUGGAGGAGAUCCAUUUCGAGGUGGCUACUCUUCCUAAACCCACUCCACGGGCACUUCCAGCAAUUCCUUUGCGGGCCUCCGUAGUAUCGCAUAAAAUCAAACAAUCACGGUGGACACCUCCAGCCUGGCCAAGUGGGCAGCCUCUCCAGUUACCGAGUAGCAUCCGAGUUAUCAACGAGGCGCGUCAGGUAGUGGGGCAAAAGGAAUUCGAAGAGCACCAACGGAAACUGAACGUUGUGUCGUCAGCCCAUCAGCAGCGUGGACCUCAGCCCAAUCCGCCAGAAGAAGGCAUUCCAACUGUACAGAAACUGAGCCGCCAGAUUGAAAACAUCUUCCAGACUCUUGAUGUUCCCACAAGUGCCAGGGUGACAACAAACAGUGACCUCCAGACUGAUAUCGUCGCCUGGGUGUUCGGGCUGGACGAUCUGUCGGAGCAGCUGCAGGUCUCGCCCGCGGUCUUCGGCAAGCAUGAAAAAAGUGCGGUAAUCCGCGAUAUAUCGAAGCUACUCGUCACCUUGAAUCGCCUGCUUGAGGAGAGUAAGCCCGAAAACCAAGGAGUAUUCUACGACGCCAGUAAGUCUCGAGUUGACCAAGUAUUCGCUCGAUUGCGGGGUCUCUCGACACUGUGUGAGAAGGAAAUUGAAGAAUUCGAGGACGAACGAGAUGAUUGGAAGGCCAGUGCAUUAUUGUGA